AUGUUGCUAAGGAAAUUGAUAUCGACUUCCAUUCAAAAUUGUCGCCAUGUAGCGUAUGUACAGGGCCAAUCGCCCGCACCAAAAAUACGGGAAUAUUUCUACUACAUCGAUCACGAAGGAAUGCUGUUUCUAGAUGAUGCGAGGAUAAAAAAUUUCACAUCUUGCUUCAAAGAGAAGCAAUUUUUGGAGUUCUUUUUCAAACAAUUAAAGCUCAAUGAUACGGAUCGGUACAGGGACACGUUUCCGUUUCUGUCCGUUUGUGGCCGAGAAAGGAACUAUAUACGUUGCGACGAUCUACCGAUUGUUUUUACACAUAUAAUUCAAGCGGAUGGUGCCGCGGAUAGGAUAGGUUAUGCUCAUGCCGGUGAUAAAAUGAGUGUACCGUGGCAGCCGGAUCGUAUCUGCAUGUUUCCAGACACUGGACGGGUGUACCAUCCGGCACCGCAGCGAUACGGUGCGAUAGGAUUAGUCCGCUCAAAGUUAGCCAUCGAGCUGAGUUCGUUAUUUACAUUCCAAAAUGGUGAAGAUCGGCCACCGACACACUUUCGGUGGAAGGCGAAAGAUUACGAACUAGAUCAACACUGGUGGAAGGAGACGUACGUAGGAAAAAGAUCGCAGCAAGAUUGCUAACAAUUUUUGCUUUGUAUACUAAUGUAACAGUACAUUGUGAUAUACUAGGUCCAAAACUGUUUAAAUAAAGUAGUUUUUUGUGUUUUUAACAA